AGCGACAGCAAGGACAGGCAGCCGCAAGGCGGCCGCAAGGCAAGCAGAAAUAGACAACUCUGCCGCAAACUGGAGGCCACGCACUUCGGUGUGAGCAUGGCAUCAGCAGAAGCCGGAGAUCGGCGCGAUGCGCCCACGGAGAGGCCUCUGGCAUUGCGGUCAGAGCGGGCACCCUCCAAUCCGGCGAAGCGGCUCAGAGUGAGCUCGCCCAGCGGGCUGAAGCCAGAGCUGGUCUUCAAGGAGCUCAUUGUGGACCAGGUGCAGUGGAACAGGAACGAAGCGGACAAGUUCUCAGCUCACGCUGAUACCAAUCACAACCUGUUUGUCAGUGACACCAAUCGAAUUGUCUGCUACGACCGCUAUGGCAAGUACCAGCCGCUGGUGUCGAACAUCGAGCCUCACCACAUCGUACCGAAUGGUACUGCAGACUUUGUGGUGCUGCUGAGAAAGUCUGACAAGCAGAAGCUGAGCAAGGUCGACGCCAAGGGGAAUGUGGCCACCAUCCUGGAGACCACCAACCCUUUGUAUGGGCCGGACAUUUGCCCCAACGGUGAUGUGGUACAUCAUCCCUCAACGAGCCGGCUUGAAAGACGAAGUCCCAAUGGCGAGCUGGUGGCGAGCAUCGAGGGCGGCAGGGGGAAGGUGCGGACGCCGGAGGAUGCCCCGCAAGAAAUUUGGUGUGCAAAGGGAGGCUUCCCCUUCGACCAUUGCUGCCUUCAGCGGUCGGAGGGUUGCUUCGACGACCACUUCACCUUCGAGUUUUGCUGUCCGGGUAUCUCCAAAGUUUCGAAGCAGUUUGGAGACCCUACUUGUUUCGCAGACAUCACUGGUUACUACAACUAUGAGCGCUGCUGCUUCGGAGUGGGUGACGACGACUGCUUCCGGGAGGCGUUUACACGUGAGCGAUGCUGUGGGGUUCCAAGCCACACAGAUUUUUCGGCAUGCCGCGGUGGCCUUGGUGAUGCAAGUGGCAGCGCUUCGUCCUGGACCUUUACGUAUCUGACCAGGGUGACGGCGGUGAUCCUCUUCACCCUGCCAGGUGCAGAGGUGGGAUUUUUCAAUGCCAGCUUUCGGGUGUGGGCCGAUGCCGGCCUGGGAGCGCGGGAGCUGGGUCAGGUGACGCUCGCUGGCCGGGGAGAGUAUCUUCAUCAACAGACUGAGGUAGAGGAUUGGGAUGUCUACUCCCUGACGCUGAAUCUUCAGAGCUGGCAAGGCCAUCCAGCGCUGCUGUACAUGAUGCUAAACGGCUGCCGCGCUCCGAAAGCCAAAAACGUGGCGCUGGUGCACUGCAGGACGCCCGGGCCACAUCUUCCUCUGGGCAUGCUGGAAGACAUGUAUGGCUGGCUGGUGGUAAGACGCCAAGCUUCCGACGCAAAGGCGUGCUUCCGAGCGCUCGAUGGAGUCCUCCGGGAGCUCAAGUUCCAAGAUCGCCUGGGUAACUCCACGGUGAUUCUCAGCCCAUACUUGCACACUUGGCAUCCGCAGCUGCAUUCCACCGCCGUCUGGAGACUCUCGGAGCUGCUGGCUCCGCCGGCCACGGUGCUGGGUCUGCCCAUCUCGGGGGGCUCUGGCAACGGCUUCGUGUGGCCGCUCAGGAAGGUGCGCCGCCAGUACUGGAAGCUCCAGUACUCGGAGUAUCCCACCGGCUCUGCGCGCUUCAUGGGGCGGUCCGACUCCGAUGCCGCAAGCAUCUGCCAUGGAGGGGAUGCUAUUUCCGGCUCGCGGAUCUACAGGUCUGACAUACUGGCAAAGCUGCUGGAGAGGCUGCCUUCCGCUUCCGCUUCCGGCGCGGAGUGGCUGGUGGCGCUUGACCUGGAGGCCAUCCAACUAGGAGAGAGCCAGCAUACCUUCCUGUGCGCGGUGGGCGUCUUUGACGAGGAGGAUCAUUUGAGGCAUGCCAAGCUCACGAUCUUUCUGUCGGAGCGCUACGAUGUGGAAGUGGCCAAGUUCCACGACUCCCCGCUCAGCGUGAACUGUGCUGCCUUGAGGAAGUUUGCCAAGCCCAGCACUGGCGAGUUCGACGGGGGUGAGGCGGCGGUAGUCAUGACGGACAACGGCCUGGUGUCGUCGUGGUGCUUCCGCAGUGCCUUGCGCGAGGCCUUGCGGCGCCUCAGUGCUUGGUGGCAAGAUCUGUCCAAAAAGGGCCAUUACCUGGUGCCCACGGAUGGCACCGGGCUGUCGCUGCUGCGGAACCCAUCAGAGCCGAUGCCUUGGGAUCACGAUGUGGACGUUUGGCUUGUUGCUGAAGGUGGCAUCGACCUUGAGGUAGGCGAUCUUCUUUCUGAGAAUUCGGAGACAUUGGCGCUGCAGAAGCUGAGUGCGCUUGGAUUUCGGUGGAGUUCGGUGUUGGACUACUCGGCCAAGGGUGGGGGCUGGCAUAUUGCCAUGCAGUUCAUGGACGAAUCACUUUCUCCAGCCUUUGUGUUGGAUCUGGAUGCGGUGAUCAAGGGCUACGUGCCUCGGCGGGUCUUCCCCUCGACGACGGCCUUCUUCGGUGCCUUUGCCGCCACGGGGCAAAACCACAUCCUCGGCCUUGCGAGGAAGUAUAGCUCAGCACGGAAGACGUCCCGAAAUUGGACGCAGCUGCACUGCAAGCUGCCGGGGCAUACAUCUUGUAUCCCGAGUUGGGAGGCGGGGCGACCGGCGCCGGUUGCCAGCUGUGAGUUUGAGGAUCGGUUUGUGCUGCUGGAUUGGUUCGAGUGAAGUCGCCAACUGCAGCCGCAGUGUCCUCAGAUUUGCUUUUGGCAGACGUGUGCUUCAAAGAAGUGCAGAUGGUGCACGGCAGAGCUUGGCAGAGAGAACA